CGCGCUUCCCGUUGCCAUUCGUUGCUUUCCAAUCAUCCAUAGUCACAUUUUCUUCUGCCGGUGUACAUUUCUUAUAAAUUAUUUGGAUUUUCACAAGUUUAAACCUGUAAAAUUUAACAUUCCUCGAUUGUCAAAUAAUAGGUAAAACUUCAACAAUGACUAAAGUUGCCGGAACCCCAAAGAGUGCGGUUUCAACACCAAAUCUCAAACAACACGGUGGUAUUCAUAAGAAUAAAACGCCAAAAUUUAAAAAAACACCAACAGGCAAAGUAGCCAUGGUUCAAAAUGGAAAAACUCCAAAUAAAAAUAAUCAACAACAACAACAACAAAAAACACCAAAAGGUGGAAAUUUACAUUUAGAAACAAAUGGAAAUGCAACACAAAAAUUAUUUCAAAAAAGUCCUCAAAAUUCACCAAAAAAACAAGAAUUAUCAUCACCAAAAAAAGAAAAUAUCAUUUCACCAACAAAAAUGACAAAUUCACCUAAAAAUAAUAUUGCAACACCAAAAAAUCAAAUGUCUGGAAAAAAAAUAAUAUCCGAACAAAAGAAAUCAAUUCAAAAAAUGCCAAAAUCAGGGCAAAAAAAUAAUAAAUCAUCACCGCAAAAAGAUAAUCAAGAAUUAAAAUCAGGACAAAAAGAUAAAUCAUUGAAAUUGGGACAAGUAAAAUUAUUACAAAAAGAAAAUAGUGAUGAGAAAAAAAUUAUGAGUCCAAAAAAAUUGAAUUCAAAAAAAAAAUUGGAACUCGAAGUUGAAAAAGAGGAAAAAUCCGAUGAUAGUUUCAAUGAAGGUAUUUCAUUAAAUGAUAAUUCGGAUGAUGAUGAUGAUGAUGAUUCUGAUAUUGUCAGUGGUGAUGAAGAUGACGACGAUUCGGAAAGUGAUGACGAUGUUGCGGAUAUUUUUAGCAAAAGUCUCAACGAUGAAUCAGAUGAAGAUGACGAUGAUUUUGAGGAUAGUGACGAUCAAACGGAAUAUAAAGGUGUAAAAAUGUUUAAAGGAAUUGAAGCGUCAGAAGAUUCGGAUGAUGACGAUGACGAUGACGAUGAUUUGGACGCAGAAGACGAUGACGAUGACGAUAGUGAUGAUGAAACAAUGGACACUUCAAAUUCAAUGUUAGUUUCACAAGACAGUGACGAUGACGACGAUGACGAAGACGAUGAUGAUGAUGAUGAUGAUGACGAAUCAGAUGAUAUUGAUUCAGAAGACGAUGACGAAUUAGCAGAAGAAUCAGCCCUUGGAGUAAAAGAUCUUCUCGGCGAGAGUUUAAAAGACGAUGAUGAUGAUGAGGAUUUCGAGGAUGACAGCGACGAUGAUAAUGAACCGCCAAGAACUGAGAAAGUAAAAACAAGAAGUAAAGCAACAGAAGAAGAUGAUGAUGACGAUUCUGAUGAUUCCGAUUCCGAUGAAGAUGGUUUGCCAACAAUAAAAGAUCUUUUAGGUGAUAGUUUAAAGGACGAUGAUGAUGAUAAUGAUUUCGAUGAUUCACAAAUGGAUGAAGACGAUGAAGAUUUUGAAGAUGAAUCCGAUGACGAGGGAUUAAGUGAUGAAUCCGAUAAUGAGAGUCCAAAGAAGAAGAAAAAAAAUCAAAAACACGAAAUUAGUCUCGAUGAAUCGACAACAACUGAUUCACAAUCAUCGCCUGAUAAGGAAAAUAAAAAUGAUCGUACAAUUUAUGUUGGUAAUGUACCAAAAACAACAAAUAAAAAACAACUUGCCAGUGUAUUUAAACAAUUUGGUAAAAUUGAAAGAAUGCGAGUACGUGGAAUUGUGCCGGAAAAUCCAAAAAUUCCACUUAAAGUUGCGGCAAUAAAGAAAAAAUUCCAUGCUAAAAUAAUGACUGUUCAUGUAUAUAUAACAUUCUUUAAAAAAGAAUCGGCAAUUAAAGCACUUGCAAUGAAUGGACAAAAAUAUGAGGACAAUAUAUUGAGAGUUGAUACACUUGAGGAGAAGAAAUAUGAUAUCAAAAAAUCAGUAUUCCUGGGAAGUUUGCCAUUUGAAUGUGAUGAAAAUACAAUUUGGAAUCAUUUCAAGCAAUGUGGACAAGUCGAAUCGGUUCGUCUCAUCAAAGAUCGAAAAACGGGAUUAAAUCGAGGAAUUGGUUACGUUAAUUUUACAACUGAAGACGCCGUGGCUCUUGCAUUGGAAUUAAAUGGAUCGAAAAUUAAAACUCGCGAAAUUCGAGUUAGUCCAUGCAUAGAGACAGAACGUAAAACGAGAACAGGAAGAAAACGAACUCAUUCCAAUAGUUUCGACAAGUCACAAUCUCCCAAGAAACUUAAGAACAAUGACGAUAAUGCUGUGACUAAAAGUAAUGCAGCGAAAAGAAGAAUGAGAAAACGUUCCCAAGGUUCGGCGCAAAGAGAAAAAGAAGAAUCUGUAAGUCAACAAAAGCCGAAAUUCACCAAAGGUGAAAAACCACAAAAGCAAAAAGUAAAGGAAGAAUCUGUCAGUCCACAAAAGACAAAAUUCACCAAAGGUGCAAAACCACAGAAGAAACAAAACACAAAAGAAGAAUCAGUUAGUCCUCAAAAAUCAAAAAUAAAAAAAGAAUCAUUUGCCGUGAAGAAAGAAAAAGCUUUUGAAAAGGAAACAACAAAUUUUCAAGGACAAAAAGCCGAUAAAAAGAAGAAGCAAAAAUUAAAUAAAACUGAAAAAAAGAAGAAAGUAAUGGCUGAAAAAUUAAUGGCUAAAAAUAAGAAAAAUAAUGCGUAAAAUUGUUUUUAAAUAUUUUCUCUUUUUAUUUUAUUUUAUUUUCUCAACAACUUUUUUUUGUGUGUUGAAGAUUUCGACUGAUAUAGAAAAAAAAAAAAAAUUUGAUUGUUUCAAUUAUUGUGAAUGAAUGUUGUGUGCGCUUUUGUACAUACGUUUGAAAGAUUGUCGAUUACAAUCGUUGUGCUUUUUUUCCAUAAGUUUUUUUGGUAUUUUAAAUACCCCAUUUAUAUAUAUAUAUAUAUAGUUUUUAAAAAAAAUUCAUCUAGUUAUUAGAUUACUUCUAGAGACUCGUUCCAUUAAUAUUUUUCUUUUUUUUUUUCUAAACUUUCUUAUCAACGAUUUUUCAAUAAAAGUUCUUUCAAUUUAUUAAAA